CAUGUGCAUAGUUUAGGCCACAUGCUGAUAAUGUUACACAUAUUACAACAGCUAUUACACACAUUUUAUAACAGUACAUGCUAUACAUAGUAAAUUUGGACAAUUGGACAAUUUGGACAAUUUUUUUGGCGAUAUCGGUAUCAGCAAGCCUAGUUUGAUAAGGCAAGCCUAGUUUACAGGGACUGCCAAUUAAAAUGUGUAAGGGAACAUUUUGAAUCGUCUUUUUCAAGGAAUGAGAUCAAAAGGAGCUGAGAUAGCAAGGAGAUAUCGGGAACGUCGUGAUGCUGACCCAGACAGAAGAAGAAAGUACCUUGAGAAAGAAAGGGUCAAAUGGAAAAAAGACAGAGAGACUGGAAAGAAGAAGGGUGUCAAUGAGCUCAGUGAGAGAGAGAAGAGGGCAAAAAGAAAAAAAUGGAAAGAGGCAAAAAGUCAAGCCAGAGCCAGAAACAGGGCUAGUGCUUUGCUACAGUCAGAGACACCACCCAACUCCCCUGCUGAAACUCCUGAAAAUCAGCGUGAGCCAGGGCCCUCCAGGCAACGGCAUCAAGGGGAAAGCAUUCGAAGGAGUGCGAAGAGAAAACUGAAAAAACAGAUUGAAAUAUUAGAGGCACAGCUCAAAAAAGAGAAAAGUAAAACUGAGAAAUAUAAGAAGAGGUACCAUCGGGCCAAGAAAGAAAGUCCGUCCAAAUCACCACGUACAAAAGUCAAUGCUUUGUUGGCACGUCAAAAAGUGAAUUCACCCAUCAAAAGAGCUCUUCUUUUCCAUACAUCCCUGAUUGAAAAUAUUAGAAGAAAAUAUGAACAUGCAAAAACAAACAGAGAGAAGCAGCUGAUAGCAAAAGUGGUCAGUGGAAACAUUCUAAAGAAGUAUAAGCUCCAAAAGCAUGCCCAGACUGCUUUUGGCUACUCUAAGAAGAUAGCAAAGUAUCCUGUGGAUCUGACCUACCGUGGGAGGAGGUGCGUCAGUCGAAAUGACAUUAGGAAGAAGGUUACAUCAUUUUUUCUUCGAGAUGAUGUUAGUCGAAUGACAACUGGCCGCAAACAAACAGUCACACGGCUGAAGAAUAAAAUGCAAAAGAGGUUGCUUACUGACACAAUGAAGAACUUGCAUAGGAGGUUUCUCUCUGAGCACAUUGGCCACAUGUCAUACACCUCCUUUUGCCGUCUCAGACCCUUUUGGGUGGUAACCCCCUCUACCUCUGACCGUGACACAUGUCUCUGCAAAAAGCAUGAGAACUUGCAAUUCAUUGCCAAUGCCUUGCAGAGCCAAGGGUUACUGUCCUCAAGAAACAUUGAGGAAAUGUCUGAAGCAACCAUGUGUGACCCGAAAGCCAAGGUCUGUGCUUAUGGUGAGUGCAGUGAAUGCCUCCUAACUUGUCACCCGAUGCUGAAAACCCCUGGGGAAGAGAACAUUAGUUUAUUUCAGUGGAUGACAGAGAAGAUCAAGAAGGAUGAGAAGGUGUCAACAAUAACAGUGAAAAGGGAGAUAACAAAAACAGAGCAUGAGCUUAACACAGAUUUCCAGGAGAGGCUUGUUCAUUUUAGGAGCCAUGUCUUCAACAUUAAAUGGCAAUUUGAUGCCUACAGGGAGCUCAGGAGGAGUCUGAAGCCCAAUGAGUCCCUCUUGCAUAUAGAUUUUAGCGAAAAUUACUCAUGUAAGUACAGCGAAGAAAUACAAUCUGUGCAUUUUGGAGGCUCACACAAGCAGGCCAGUCUGCACAAUGGAGUGCUCUACACCACUGGUGAACAAGCGCCACACACCUUCUGCUCCAUAUCACCCUCCAGAAGACAUGACCCUGUGGCCAUCUGGGCCCACCUUGAUCCAGUUCUGAAGGUAGUGAGAGAACGACACCCUCAAGUCAGCACACUUCAUUUUUUCAGCGAUGGGCCUGCAACACAGUAUCGACAAAAGGGAAAUUUCUUCUACCUCUCAACAGAACCCUACAAGUAUGGCUUCAAAGAAAUAACAUGGAAUUUCUUUGAGGCUAAUCAUGGGAAGGGGGCACCAGACGGUGUAGGUGGGGCCCUCAAGAGGUCAGCAGACUGGAUUGUAGCCCAUGGAGGAGACAUUCCUGAUGCCCAGAGCUUGUAUAACAAGCUGAAAAGCCUGGACACAUCUGUCGAGCUGUUCUUCAUCCCAGAGAGGGAUAUUGAAUCAAAGCCUGAGAUACCUGCAAUAGCUGCCGUAAAAGGCACUAUGAGAAUCCACCAAGCUAUCAGUCUGACACCCGGCCAAAUGAAAUACAGAGACAUUUCAUGUCUAUGUAAAAGGGAGAAAGGUGUUUUGGACUGCCCCUGCUUUAAUCUUCAAGAGGUCACUCUAGCUAAUGUUCCUGUUUCAUCUGACAAGUCCCCAGCAUGUGGAAAGACACCAGAUAAUCCUAGGAGACCAGAAAUGAUUGAGGUAAAGCACAUUGGAGAGUGGUGCGUUGUUAAUUAUGACAAUGAAGCAUACCCAGGUAUCAUCAUGGAUGCAGAAGGGCAUAAUGUGAAAGUUAAGUGUAUGCAACGCCAUGGCAUAAACCAGUUCAAAUGGCCAGGUCUUCGGGACGACAUCUGUUGGUACCAUGACUGGCAGGUACUUUGCCUAAUACCAGAACCACAGGCUCUGAACAAGCGCUCUUUACAGAUUGAAGCGUCUGCGUGGAAGUAUGUGGAACAGCAACUGCAGAACUGA